CCGGCCUCAAAAUCGCAGAGGAGCUGCGGGUGCGGGCGUCCCCUCCAGCGGGUGACUGACUGACGGGCCGCUCGGUGGUAACGUUAUGGACGUGCGGACCCCGUGCGAAGCAGCGUGUUUCCCGCAUUCCCCAAAUGGCGGAGUGAGCGAGGAUGCGACUCCCCAGUUCCAUCUUUGUGUCGGUGUCUCUGUUCACGGCCGAGACCACGGCAGCGCUCUACCUCAGCUCCACGUAUCGCUCAGCUGGAGACCAAAUCUGGCAGGGGCUCACGCUCCUCUUCACGCUCGUGCCGUCCGUGCUCGUGCAGCUGACCCUCACCUUCAUCCACCGGGACCUGAGCAGAGACAGACCGCUCGUCCUGCUGCUGCACAUCCUGCAGCUCGGACCCGUCGUCAGGUGUCUGGAGGCGUUCUGUAUCUACGGCAGUGUGGGCCGUGUGGAGGAGCCUUAUGUCAGCAUCACCAGGAAGAAGCAGAUUCCUCGCAGGGGUCAGUCUGAGGAGGUGGAGCGGCAGGUGGGGCAGGCGGAGGGGAAACUGUUUACUCACCGAGCAGCCUUCGCCCGUACCUCUGUCAUUCAGGCCUUCCUGGGAUCAGCCCCCCAGCUCACCCUGCAGCUCUACAUCUGCGUACUGCAGCAGGGGGUAUCCAUCGGAAGAGGCACACUGAUGGUGAUCUCCCUCCUGUCUAUUGUGUAUGGAGCGCUGCGCUGCAACAUCCUGGCCAUUAAGAUCAAAUAUGAUGACUAUGAAGUGGACGUCCGGCCCAUGGCUUAUCUCUGCAUUUUCCUGUGGAGAAGCUUUGAGAUCGCCACUCGUGUGGUGGUUCUGGUUCUGUUCAGCUCUGUGCUGCAGCUCUGGGUCCUGCCCGUGGUUCUUCUUAACUUCCUGGUUUUCUUCCUCUACCCCUGGAUCCUGUUCUGGCAGAGCCACUCGCCGUUCCCUGAGAAUAUCGAAAAGACUCUGACCAGGGUGGGAACCACGAUCGUGCUUUGCCUGCUCACCUUCCUCUACGCCGGCAUCAACAUGUUCUGCUGGUCAGCCGUGCAGGUGAAACUCAAUGACCCGGACCUCAUCAAUAAGUCCCAGAACUGGUACCGCAUGGCCGUGUACUAUAUGUUGCGUUUUGUGGAGAACGCCUCGCUGCUUCUGCUGUGGUACAUCUAUAAAACAGACUUUUACAACUUCAUCUGUGCACCGCUGCUGGUGCUGCAGCUGCUGGUCGCCUACGCCAUCGCCAUCUUCUUCAUGAUGGUCUUCUACCAGUUCUGCCACCCGUGUCGGAGGCUCUUCUCCUCCAGCAUGACCCAGGGCCUUUGGGACUGCUCCUCUCUUCUCUGCCUCAUGUGCAACUCUGAUUCGCCACAGAACAGGCCGAUGGGAAAGUCUGUCCUGGAGCCGUCGAGCCCGACCACACACAAAGAACCGGCGAAUGACAGAGUCCACGACACAGCCAGCGACACCACAGACGACAUCCCUAACGACACAACGUACGACAUGCUUGAUGAUACAAUCUAUGACACUCCUAAUGAAAUGGGCAAUAAUAUAGUUGGUGGAAUCAACGGUGACAUUGGCCACAUUGUAUCCUGCAAUGCCUGAAGCAUCACAACUGUUGGACCUGCCAUGCAGAGGAACGACCGUGACAGCUUUCAUACCCUCUGUAACCUUUUAAGUGCCACACGAAUCCCCAUGUGUGAGUUGAGUUUACACUUUUAAUCUCACUUUUCAUACAUCCAUCUCGACUCCGUUUUCUACCACUAUAUAUUACUCUCACGUGAAGCAAAUGUGUCCUUAAUUUUAGAUCUAUUCUGGCUGCAAACAUGCGCAGUGUUUCACUUGCUGUAGAGCUGGUGCUCACCCGUGUCAUCAGCCAACGUCCUGACCUGUCGUCCUGCAGCCUUUAUUUACAAUCAAAGACACAUGGACACCAACAUUACAUCUUUUAGUUUUGCGACUGUGUCCACUUAUAUGCUGCAUUAUUGAUCACAAGGAGCCAUGCAUUUGAAUUGAUUGUAUUUAGUAUCCCUUUUAGAAUGGAGGUAUGCAUGUGUGGAGCCUCAGAUGAGGUGUAACAGUUAUUCCGCAGGGGAGGGGGGUCUGAUUUGUACAGUUUUUCCCUGAACACCCCCAUAGUUUUAUGGCUGCAAGCAACAAGCUUUUUUACUCCUCGAUAAGAGCUUUAUCAUUAAUAUGUGCUGCUUCUGUGAUGUAUUUUUGCUUGAGACGUGACUCUCCACACAUUGUUAAGAGCCUGUUCGAUCACCAAACACGUUACUGUAAAGCACGGACAUCUCCAAGUGUAAUGUUUUUGCACGUUUACAAAAGGGAUUUUAAGUGGCUUUGAUUCAACUGCUAAGCAGCUGCAGCAGCUGUAGUGAUGUAAAAUGCUUUGUUUGGAUGCAUUUGUAGUUUUCUAACUCAAGCUUGUUAUGUCUGUCAGCUCUGCGUCUGUAUGUCUCAUUAGUUAUAGAAUAAUUACACACAUACAUUAUAUAGAAUAGAAAAAUGUUCACAAUUGUAAAAAGUAUUUUUGCUUAUUUUCAACCUUUGAAGUGUGUGGGAGAAUGUCUUUGUUUUUGCACUAAUUCUUUUUUUGCAAUGUACCUGCAGAGGGAUGACAGCCUCCAGUAUCCGGAUGUUUGUACAAAUAAGACAUGAAACCUUUUAAGCCAAAAAAAUAAAUAACUGAAAAACCUAAAAUAAACAUUAUCAUACAGAGCAAGAUCAAAAGGCAUUUAAAAAAUAAAAUCCUGCUAGAAAUAUCUAAAUAAAUUUAUAUUUAUAUGUGAAAA